ACAAUAUUCAGUUUUGGAUGUUAUUUUUUUCCAUUUUCAGUUCUGGAGUGACAAUUUCAAAGGGAAUCUCGAGGAAAGCAGAGAUGUACAAUAUCUUAAUUGAUGACUAUUUCAAGAAAAGAGGCCUAGAUUUCCCCCGUGCUGUGUCCACAACUGAGGGAGCAUAUUUUGUUCAGAUCAUCUCUGAUGCCUUGUGGUAUAUAACAAACCAACAUCAAGUCAUAAAUGAUGCAGCUCGAACGAGGAAGGGCGUUCAGCCAGUUCCAGCAGCCUUUGCAGAGUACACCGGGUUCAAUGAUGUCAAGAGAAAGAAGGAGAAAAGUCAGAUGAAAAGUCCAGCUCUGAAGAGCAAUGGCGAGGCACUGUACAGUUUACUUCUCAAGCCUAUCAUCAACAGCACUCCAGCAUGGAAGACAGCCGGAACAGACAUUCAAAACCUGGCUGACUGUCUAAUUGCCUAUAGUAAAUACCUCGAAGUACAGCUGGAGACUCAGUGUGCAAACCUAGCUCUGGAUCAUCCUGUUCGAACAAUCGCAGAAGAUACAACACUGGACCACCGCAGAGCUGGAAUUACCAUCAAAACCAAAUACUCCCUUUUGGACUCUGCAGUAAAGACUGCUGACCACAUGCCAGUGUUUUUUGAUGAGUCAACGCACUUGGAAGUGCCAUUUGAAAGUGCCACACAAAGAUUUCGAUAUUUUGAGGAAUUACAACUCACUGUGCCAGUUGACAUUUUGCGGUUUUGCCCUGGUGGGUCUUGCACUACCACCGUAUGUGUUGUGCAAGUCAAAGCUGACCGAUCUGAACCCGAGGUCUUGACACAAGGAGCAAGGCUACUUCAGAAAAUCAGACCAAGUCUGCACGAAUUUCACACAAGAAUGCAAAAGGAAACAUUCAAGAAGAAAAUUGGACAUAUCACCAAGGUUUCUCCAGCAGUGAGAGACUGUAUCUACAGAGCACUGACUCAGGAUGCCUCAGCUCCAGCCAACGCGGUGAUGACAGAGAGACUCCGUCUUAUUUCCUUGGGGCAAACAGGCAUUGUUGAUGACUUGCGUCGCAUGAACACUGGUCGACCACAUGUGUUUGAUCAGUUCUUUGACAAACUACAAGAGGUCGUCGAGUCUGUUGUUGCUGCUGAUGAGAGGCGACACAAUGUUGCUCAUUUGUCUGAGUGGCUGUCACUGAAGGAAAUGAUAGCCAAAGCAGCUGAAGUAUGUCCGCCGGGUACUAAAAUCCCAUCAGCUAGCCUGGUGAGAUUGCAGUUUGCUCCACGUAAUCCCUAUGUACAUACGGCACUCAAUUUCACGUCUCGAAUUCAAGUUCAGUAUAAGAUACAGAGGCGUCAACUUCGUGUAGGCCAUCCAGAUGACCAUUACUGUGCAGCUCAGUUGCAGUAUUUCAAAGAGAAGGCAGUUGAACUGAGGGAUGAAGCAUCAGUCUUUUGCUGUGAUGACAAAGCAAAAAUUCCACUGGGAGAGCCAGACUGCCCAGUGUCAACGGGAGUCCGAGGAAAGAAAACACUUGCUCCCGUCACCACAACUCUGGGUGCCUGUGACCAUGAUAUGACCAUGGCUUCCUUGGUCCCCUCAGUGAUACUUGCAACUGAGAUCCCAGAAAGUUCACAGAAGUCAUUUGUUCGAGGCACCGUGACAACUGUGGUAAGUGAUGCUGUCUUUAAAGGUUCCAACCCAUUCCGCCAUGCCGCCACCUUGGUGAAAUUGGCUGCCAAGGAUGACAAGAAAAUCAUUAUGAAAUUCACAGAUGGGGGAACAGACCAUCGCAACAAUUUGGCAUCCGUCAAGUGUGCGAACAUUUGUGUGUUCAAGGAACUUGACUUGGAUAUGCUAGUCCAUGCACGUUGUGCACCAUGGCAUAGCUGGACAAAUCCAGCAGAGCGUAUAAUGUCCAUUCUCAACUUGGGACUACAAAAUUGCUCUCUCUCAAGAGAAAUGGGUGAUGAACAGGCAGAAGCCUCUUUCCGGAAAUGUGGCUCGAUGUCACAGCUCCGGGCUCAUGCAGAGAAAAAUCCAGAAAUCAAAAUGGCAUGGAGAAUGUCUGUUGAACCUGCGCAGUCCAUUGUGAGAAAUAGAUUUGCCCGUCUGUCAUUGAAGAGCCAGCCAAUACAAGUGAUGGACCCGGUUUCUGAUGAAGAAAUUGACAUUGUAAAGCGACAUUUGAGAGAGCUGUUCCCUGACAUGAAUUUGUCAAAGCUGCAGAAGGUACACACAUCAAAAGUAAAGUCGUACACAGCCUGGGUAGAGCAGCAUUGUAGGGAAAGACAUUACACCUUCCAGAUAAAAAAAUGUGGUGACCCAAACUGUUGCAUUCCACCGCGUGCCUCGAACCUGUCAUGGCUGCCAGAUCCUGUCCUGGACGAAAGUGGUGAGCACUACUUGAAGUACAAAGAGGUGAUGUCCAGAAAUAAUGACACCACAGAGGCUGAUAGACCAUCCUUAAAACCUGUAAAGGAAAAGCCCCAGAGAAAGAGAACCUCCCAGGCAUUGGAAAACCAGGCGGAAACUGGUGACUCGCAACAAAUGGACACCAGCGAUCCAAGCCAAGAUGCGGAGACACCAGUGUGCAGAGUUUCAUUGCAGACCCCGGAAAACAUUCCAAGUACCAGUGAUCUGCAUGACACAUCUCUGUACACUGCACAAAAUGCUAGAGCAACUGUGUAUUGUACUGAAUGCAGGAAGCCACGUGUGAUCUACUCAAAGCAACGGCUGUCUCAGAGGCACAAGCUGACAUUGACUUUGGUGAUGAGUGAGUAUGAUUACACAUGUGGUGCCCCCCUGUUACCCCCAACCUGCUCCAUCUCGAAGACUGUGAUGUGCAGAACUGGCAUUUCCUGUGGUUGCCCAGUCGAAAAUCCUUACUAUACAAGUGCCAUAGGAAGACUUGACAUAUGUGCUUUCUGUGCAGCCGAGGAGGCAGAGGUGAAUGCUGAAAUGAAAAAAAAGUUUAAAACUGUACUACCUCUUUGUGCAGAUUGCUGUGAAGAAGGCCGAAAGGCAAUAGUGUAUCGCCCCUUCGGGAACAGGAAAUAAAGA